UUGCAACCUUGUACCUGUUUAUAUCCUCUGGAAAAAAAGAAACUCAUUUAGAUCUAGUUUUCAUAGAAUUCAAGCCAUAGCCAUUCUUUUAGUAAGCAAAACCAUUGUACAUUUAUGAUUUAUUACCACCUUCAUCCUUCAAAAUCAAGCUCAUUUUCUCACAUGGGCUCUCUCUUCUCUCUCACAUUGGUAAUUCUCUCAUGCAUCUCCAUAGCGUUAAUAAAAACAGAAGCUCAGAAGAUCAAGUCAGCUCGCCUACUCGACCUGCUCAUCCGGGACUACACCUUCAAGGCCUAUGACACACACUUCAGGACAGGAGUUCUACACGCUGUAAAUUUACCAGCAAACUUCUCUGGCAUCAUAGUUGACACAGCAAGAUUCAGAUGUGGUAGUCUCCGAAGGUAUGGUGCGCAGGUAAAAGAAUUUCAUCUAGACCUUGGUGUAUCUGUGCAUCCAUGUGUUGAGAGGGUCAUAAUAGUUACACAAAACUUGGGUUACAAUUGGUCUUCUAUAUAUUAUGCCAAUUAUGACUUAUCUGGCUAUCAGCUUGUUUCCCCUAUACUAGGCCUCUUAGCUUAUAAUGCCGGUACUGAUGUGAACUUCAGCAACCCUUUUGAGCUUGGAAUUGAAGCUGCAGAAAAACCCAUCAGGAUAGACUUCAGAAAUAUCACAAGGGUGAACAACGAAUCGGGUACAAGGCCAUUAUGUGCUAGUUUUGAAGGUCAUGGCAAAGUGGCUUUAGCAAAGGAGGCUUCACCUUACAUUUGUAUUGCAAAAAGGCAUGGCCAUUUUGGGUUGGUCAUUGAGAAGCCAUCACCAGUGGAGUUGAACAAGAGCAAGAGAGUGAGCCCGUGGAAAGUGGCAGUAGGUAGCUCAGUUGGAUCUGCUUUAGGUGUUUUUCUCUUGGGGCUGCUUCUGGUGGCAAUGUUUGUGAGGGUGAAGAAGAGGUCAAGGAUGGAGGAAAUGGAGAGAAGGGCUUAUGAAGAGGAAGCUUUGCAGGUAUCAAUGGUUGGACAUGUGAGAGCUCCUACCGCAUCGGGCACUCGAACAACGCCAACACUUGAGCAUGAUUUCAAUGGCACACCAUAAGUAUAUUGGCCAACAAGAACAGAGAAUCUGGUAAACAUGGGAAAGCUACACUCUCUAAGAAAUUCCGAAAUCUGGCUGAAAAAAGGUCUUCAAUCUGGACUUGUGCAGAUUAAGGUAAGAGAACAGAGAACACACAAAAUUUCAUUCAGAUAUGGAAAUAUAAUGCAGAAUUUUCUGAAAUUUUAUUGUGAUGCUGCUGGUGGUACUCCUAUCCCACAGGAAAAAAAAAGUAGCAAAGCUUUGGAUCUCCGCUUGGAUCAGAUGCAUGCAACCUUUAGAAAAAGAGUAGUUUGAUUUCUAGUCACUUGUGAGAUAAAGGCAAAGUCAUCCCUCUUCCCUUAACACAAUGAUUCUCACCUUUACCUUUCUUUAUUGUGUCAAAGGUAAUUCCAUUGAUGCUUCAAAUUUCAAAACGCUCUUAACCCACCAUUUACAUUGAAAUUGUCGGUGAAACAAUGCUAUAGGCCUGCAAUGAAUUUAUUACC